CUGACCGUUAGUCGACCCCGACAAUCGGCUGAUAGUUCAGCAUGAUAUAUUGGCCGUACAGCGAGAUAGUGUGUGCCCAAUGAGGUUCUUUGGUGUGUGUGACACUGUUCAGUAGCUGACUGUGAACAGAGAGAGCUCACAGAUCUUGACCUCCACUUCUCUUCACAUCCAAGGUAUUAGUUCUGUCAGAAACAUGGCGGAACACACGAGGUACUACGUAUGCGUGCUCCUACUGACGUCAUGUUGUGGCAUGCUGGGAAGGACCCGCGCAGUGCAUGUUGGGGAAGCGACUCUGGUGUAUCAGUGGGCAACGUUGGACUACGACUGGCCAAGCAACGCCAUGCGACAGAGUGCUAUAGAUGAGGGACGGUACAUACCCGAGAACAUCAUCGCCACGGGCAUAAAAGUGUACGGGCAGGUGGUGUACCUGACCACCCCCCGCUGGCGGGAUGGCAAUCCGGCCUCUCUCAGCGCCGUGGUGGAGACUUCUGACGGGCGGAAUGUGCUGCGACCCUUCCCGAGCUGGGAGAUGAACCAGCUCGGCAACUGCUCCGCACUUCAGUCUGUGCAGAGCAUGGAAGUCGACCCGCUGGGGCGCAUGUGGAUCGCUGACGUGGGCGGAAGCUGUGCACCAAAACUCAUCAUCUACGACAUCGAGACCGAUGACGUCAUCAGAACGUACACAUUUCCCGCUGACGUGGCCAACACGAACACCACCUACCUGAACGACAUUGUGAUUGACACAUCCGCAGACGAUCCGGAGGACUGGUUCGCGUAUAUUUCGAACUCGCGAAGCCCUGGCGGUCUCGUGGUAUAUGACUACAGGCGGGACUCCUCACACAAAGUUUUUGACGCCAGCAUGAGUGUGGAACCGGACGCAAAGGUCAUGACGAUCAACGGUCGGAACUACACCUUUGACGUGGCGGCUGACGGGAUCGCUCUGUCACCGCUGGGGGACAACAUGAAGGUUUACUACUGCGCACUAAGCGGCUAUCACCUGUACUCUGUUCCGACCAGCGUCAUCAAACAACCCGUAGUGACGGACAUCAGCAGCAGUGUGACGCAUGAAGGACGUAAGGUGUCCCAGAGUGACGGGCUGGUUGUGUCCCGGGAAGGGAACCUGUACUUCGCAGCCCUGCACCUCAACGCCGUCUACCGGUGGGACACCACGUCAUCACAAGACGCGUCCUACGCGCACGAGCUCGUUUCUGAUGACGUCACCAUGCGUUGGGCUGACACCCUCGCCUUCGAUGACGACGGCUACUUGUGGUUUAUUGCCAAUAGGCUGCACAUGUGGCGUGCGAACGAGCUGACUUUCACAGGUUCGGAACCAAACUUCGUGGUGUGGAAGGUGCAUGUUGGAGAGAAGUCCUACAUGCACAAGAGUGGCGCGAAAUCAGUCAGGGCCGAUUUGAUGUUGUGUUUGGUGGCAGUACUGUAUGUCGCCAUCCGCGAAAUGUAACUAAGUCCUUACCUCACUAACGAAAUAAAGUACAAUGCUAAACUUUCUUCCAACACUAAGGUGUACUUACUUACUUAUCCUCUUCGUCCCUGGUGAGACAUAAGGCCAC